AUGGAUCAGCUGCAAGCUGGCGACCUGAAUUGGCGCCUUAGUGCGCAUCCUAUCACACUAUUAUUCUUCUUAAGCUUCAGAAUAGGAAGCUUACUGAUGUACCUAUUUGGUGUCUUGUUUAUUGAUGAUUUCGUCCUCGUUUUCAUCGCUACGCUUCUCUUUCUCUCAGCCGAUUUCUAUUACCUGAAAAAUAUCGCUGGUCGUAGGCUAGUCGGACUUCGAUGGUGGAAUGAAGUCAACACUGCUACAGGAGAUUCGCACUGGGUUUUUGAAAGCUCAGAUCCCAAUACGCGAUCCAUUAAUGCUACGGAUAAGAGGUUCUUUUGGAUCAGUCUGUAUGCAACUCCGGCGUUGUGGAUUGGAUUGGCCAUUCUGGCUAUUGUUAGGCUACAAAGCGUCAUCUGGCUGAGUCUUGUUGCAAUUGCGCUCAUCCUCACCAUCACAAAUACGGUGGCAUUUUCUAGGUGCGAUCGCUUUAGCCAUGCCUCAAACUUUGCAAGUAGCGCUUUAUCAGGUGGAAUUGCAAACAACAUUACACGGGGUAUGUUCGGAAGAUUAUUCAGAUAA